UCCAAGUAUAAAACAUAUGUAUCAAUAGAAGAUGCAAAAUCAGAAAACAACACUACCACAACAGUGAAGUCACAGAGUCAAUACUCAAUACCACCGGUUAUCUCCUAUCAGAAACUUCAUCAUCCGUGCCCUAAACCACAUUUAAUUCAUCCCUUAACUUAUCCUCCAUUAAAAUACACAAUUCUUUACUGCAAAAUCCCAACAAUAACUCUUCUCCGUUCAUCAUCAUCAUGGAACUUCUCAUCCCAUUUUCUCCCAAUUCUGUCCCACUUACACCCCUCAACUUCCUAGAAAGAGCAGCAACAGCCUACACUGACUGCCCUUCCCUUACUUACACCCACAACAACACAAUCAUCAAUCACACAUGGGAUCAAACCUACAAUCGAUGCAUCCAAACCGCAUCUUCCAUCAAAUCUCUCGGUAUCAAACAAGGAGAUAUCGUUUCCGUUUUAGCACCCAACAUUCCUUCCAUGUAUGAACUCCAAUUCUCUGUUCCAAUGGCGGGUGCUAUAAUCAACAACAUUAACACCCGUCUUGACCCUCGUUCACUCUCUGUUCUCCUUCAACAUAGCCAAUCUAAGCUUGUCUUUGUCGAUUCCUUUCUUCACCCAUUAAUAAUCAAAGCUAUUUCCCUCUUCCCCCCCAACACCCCCCAUCCCCAAAUCAUUCUAAUCAAUGAAAAUCAUGAUCAGGAUCAUCAGGAUCGAAAAAUUACAAAUGGGUAUAGUUUUGAUUAUGAGUAUAACCAAUUAGUGGAAGGGGGGGACCCGAAUUUUAAAUGGGUAAGACCCAAAAGUGAAUGGGAUGCAAUAGCGUUGAAUUAUACAUCUGGGACUACUAAUAAUCCUAAAGGGGUUGUUCUUAGUCAUAGAGGGAAUUAUAUUUUAGCCAUUGAUACGUUACUUGAAUGGUCUGUUCCUAAACAACCCGUUUAUUUAUGGACAUUACCCAUGUUUCAUGCAAACGGGUGGAGCUUAACAUGGGGUAUGGCGGCGGUUGGAGCUUCUAAUAUUUGUUUAAGAAAAGUGGAUGCUCCGAAUGUUUAUCAAGCUAUUCGGACCCAUGGUGUGACCCAUAUGUGUGGGGCUCCGGUGGUUUUAAAUAUGUUAGCUAAUAUUCCGAAUGUAGAACCGUUGGAAAAAGGGGUCCGGAUCCUUACUGCUGGAGCUCCACCGCCGGCGUCGGUUUUGUACCGGACGGAGUCGCUUGGGUUUGUUGUUAGUCACGGGUAUGGGUUGACUGAAACGGGUGGGUUGGUUGUGCAUUCGGAGUGGAAAUCUAAGUGGGACCCGUUACCUGCUGAGGAGAAAGCUAGGCUGAAGGCAAGACAAGGGGUGGGGUCCUUAGGGAUGACUGAAGUUGAUGUAGUGGAUCCGAAUACGGGUCGACCCGUGGAAAGAGAUGGAUUGACUUUAGGAGAAGUGGUGUUAAAAGGAGGAAGUGUAAUGUUAGGUUAUUUGAAAGACCCGGAAGGUACAUCAAGAUCCAUGACCCGAUCCGGAUGGUUUAGGACGGGUGAUGUAGGGGUUAUACAUAAAGAUGGGUACUUAGAAAUUAAGGAUAGGUUAAAGGAUAUAAUUAUAAGUGGGGGAGAAAAUAUUAGUAGUGUGGAAGUAGAAGCGGUUCUUUAUACCCACCCGAGAGUAAAUGAGGCGGCGGUUGUGGCCCGACCGGAUGAUUUUUGGGGUGAGACACCAUGUGCUUUUGUUAGCUUAAAAAGGAAAGGCAUGGGUGAAGAAAUAAUAACAGAAAAGGAAAUAAUAGAGUAUUGUAGAGAAAGAAUGGCACAUUAUAUGGUUCCAAAAACGGUUGUUUUUCAAGAAGAGUUGCCUAAGACUUCUACCGGAAAAGUUCAAAAGUUUCUAUUAAGAGAAAUAGCUAAAACAAUGGGACUACUUAAGAAUUUGGCAAGGGAAAAGUGAAGCUUAUGGUUGAAGAUUGUAAUCUACUUUACCGUAGCAACCAAUUUGGUCAAAUCACUUUGCAUGUUUUUUAUCAAUGUUUUUUUCUCCUUAACAUUGUUUUGUUUUCUUCGAUUGUAAUAGCUAAUGUUUGUUUGUAUUGAGGUAAUGAAAUAUAAUUGUAACUUUUGUUUUAAACUAUGUUUUAAAUUUCGUAAUUCCAUAAUGGCACACGGCUAGCAAGUGAUCGCAAAAGUUAAAG